CAUCUUCAUCUGAAUCUGAAAGAAGAGGAGUUGGUAAAUGUGACGUGGGAGAUUGACGUCUUCCAGUUCCUUUGCUCUGCACACCAAAUAAGUAUCUGAAACUUGAGAUUUCAUUCUCCCUCCACAUCAACAGUCUCCUCACUCUCAUUUUUCGCUUUCAUCUGUUGCGCUGAGUUCAUACAUUAACUUAGAACGAAAAUGGAGGGUGAACUGAAGCCCAUGGAUGCAGAGCAACUGAGAGAAUAUGGUCACAAAAUGGUGGAUUUCAUUGCUGAUUAUUACAAGAAUAUCGACAACUUUCCUGUUCUCAGUCAAGUUCAGCCCGGUUAUCUACGUAAGCUACUUCCUGAAACCGCACCUGCUCAUUCUGAGACAUUGCAAGAAGUUCUUGAAGAUGUUCAGACAAAAAUAUUACCGGGGGUGACUCAUUGGCAGAGCCCAGAUUACUUUGCAUAUUUUCCUUCUAAUAGUAGUGUAGCUGGAUUUUUGGGGGAGAUGCUCAGUGCCGGGAUUAACAUGGUUGGUUUUAGUUGGAUAACUUCCCCAGCAGCAACCGAGCUCGAAAUGAUCGUUUUGGAUUGGCUUGCUAAAGCACUUAAGUUGCCUGAUGAAUUCCUUUCAACAGGUCAAGGAGGUGGAGUCAUACAGGGCACUGCAAGUGAAGCUGUUCUAGUUGUGCUUUUAGCUGCCCGGGACAAGGUUCUGAGAAGGGUCGGAAAAGAUGCAAUUGGAAAACUGGUGGUCUAUUGUUCUGAUCAAACUCAUUCUGCUUUACAGAAAGCUUGCCAGAUAGGAGGAAUUCAUCCUGAGAACUUUCGGAUGCUGAAAGCAGUCUCAUGCAGGGAUUAUGCUCUUUCUCCUGACGCACUUUCAGAAGCUGUAUCACAUGACCUGGCCACUGGUUUAAUACCCUUCUUCUUUUGUGCUACUGUAAGGAGAAUAGAAAAAAGAAGAUACCAUAUUGGUACAACAUCUUCCACUGCUGUGGAUCCUUUGCUUGCGCUGGGAAAGAUUACCAAGAGUAAUAGCAUGUGGUUUCAUGUGGAUGCUGCCUACGCUGGAAGUGCAUGUAUCUGUCCAGAAUUCCGGCACUAUAUUGAUGGUGUAGAAGAAGCUGAUUCUUUCAACAUGAAUGCACAUAAGUGGUUCCUGACAAACUUUGACUGUUCAGCUCUCUGGGUCAAGGACCGGAGUGCACUUAUCCAGUCACUGUCAACAAAUCCUGAAUAUCUCAAAAACAAAGCUUCUCAAGGGAACUUGGUUGUGGAUUACAAAGACUGGCAAAUUCCUCUUGGGCGCAGGUUCAGAUCAUUGAAGCUGUGGAUGGUAUUGAGACUCUAUGGGCUGGAAAAGCUUCAAGCUUACAUAAGAAAUCAUAUAGAAUUAGCAAGGCGUUUUGAGGAACUCGUUGCUCAAGACCAGAGGUUUGAGAUUGUCACCCCUCGGAAGUUCUCUUUGGUUUGCUUUCGCUUACGACCACCCCAGAGUAAUGAAGAUUAUGCCAACAAACUGAACCAUGACCUGCUAGAUGCUGUUAACUCAACUGGGAAAUUGUUUAUUUCUCACACGGUUCUUUCAAAUAGAUACAUACUACGCUUUGCAGUAGGGGCCCCACUGACAGAAGAGAGACACAUUCUUGCAGCUUGGAAAGUUUUUCAAGAUGAGGCUGCUACAUUGUUAAGCAAAUGUUAAUAGUAAACCAAUUAUUUCACGUCAUUAUUAAUUGAUCACAUUAUUGAAAUGUAACUUCUUUUGUCUUGUUCUCAUUGACACUUCUAUUACAGUAUUUUACUUGAAUGA